AUGCGUUCCACUCUCGCUCUCGCCCUCAUCGCCGCUCCUUUGGGUCAGUCCGGUUUGCUUCUUGGUGAUGGAACCUCGGUGCCUCGGAGGCCGCCACGGCGGUCGGAUUCACCCGCGCUCGAUAGCCGCGACACCUCUUGACAGGUCGGCGGCAAACGAUACAACACCCGCAUAUCCUAGCGCAAAGCUAAUGGAUUGGUUUCGUCUCCGCUCACCUGAUAGCCUUCGCCAGCGCCAUCCAGCAACGCGCUGUCACGGACCAGCAAUUCCAGGAUGCUCAAGGUCAGUCGGGAGAGCCGGACCUAUGUUCUUUUUGCAGCGGAGAAAACGCAGAUGUUGACGCUAGCUCUCGCUCACUUUGGUAUACACAGCUGCCCUCCAAGGCUUCUUGACCAACGCCACCACCGCCCUUACCAGCGGCAACUGCUCGACCCCUUGCGGCCCCUAUGUCACCUCCCUCCAGGUACGUCAGCGUUGCCUCGUAUAACUCCAACGUCCCAGCUCCCUUCGCACGUUCACCACUCGGAGGAGUGUUAAUGCUGCUCCAAGAUGGUUUUGCUGACCAUUUGAGAAUUCUUUGCUCACCUACUCACAGAACUGCGUCUCCACCGCCGGCAGCAACCUCACCGCUGUCGGUGUCUGCGCUUGCACGAGCUCGACCCUGAGCCAGAUGUCGACCUGCGGUGGCUGCAUCAACGGCGAGAGCGCCGUCGAGCAGUUCGGUGAAGUCUGCAAGGAGCUCAACGGCGACUCCUCCAACUCCACUUCUUCGGCGUCUUCGUCUGCUUCUGCUGCUGCUUCGGCCACGUCGGGCGCUGCCGCUGCUUCGGCCACGUCGAAGGCUGCCUCGGCCACCAGCGCCGCCGCUGCCGCCGCCACCUCCAAGGCCGCCAGUUCGGGCACCAAGUCCUACGUUCAGGGCGGUGUUGUCGCCAUUCUCGCCAGUGUCGCAGGCUUGUUGGUCCUCUAA